AUGGCAGCUGCAGCAUUGUUACACAUUGUUACCGAAAGAGCCGGAUGCAAGGCCGAUCUGGGCACUGUGCCCGGCAAACCGUACUCCUUUGCCUUGCUGCUCCUGGUUUUCUUGGAGGAGUACUUGAAAAUGAUUGAGACGCUCCGUGACGGCGAGACGAUCUCGGAUCGAGCUGCCGAGCUCCGCGAGGUUCUCCUUUGCUUUCACCGUGCUGGGCUGGCUCCGGAUCGCCUAAGGCUGCUGUACAGCCACAUCGAGCGCGAUUUCCCACGCUUUGAGGCUGCCGGCGCCUUGCUGCCGAUGCCUUCAGCGGUUAGUUUGUGCCACACCAUGCUGGCCACCGGUCUCAGUUCCAGUGGCGCUGUCACAGUGUUACUGCGUUCGGCACUGCGCGAGCCAUUAAUCCACGUUGUAGAUGACUCGCAGGAGCUUCGCAUGCUGAAAACGAUCGAGAUGCUGAUCCGGCUUGACUUCCUCUACACUCAGGAGCAACUGCCUCCAGAGGUUACCGAAUACCUUUCGGUGGUUCGGAAUCUCCGCUUCUACGACCGAGAGCUGCGCCGUGACACGCCGUUGUCCUACCAGAUGGCGUUCUUCUUGAGAAA